CACUCGGGUAAAGCUAUCUCGAGCUAGCUAGCUGCUGUAAGCCGUUGCCAUGGCCAAAAUGGUGUUGCUCUGCGUGCUCGUCUCCUUCCUCCUGAUGCCCUUGGCCUCCCUAGCCCUGACGCAGGACUUCUGCGUCGCCGACCUGACCUGCAGCGACACGCCGGCGGGGUACCCGUGCAAGUCCAGCGUCACCGCCAACGACUUCUACUUCCACGGCCUGGCCGGCCAGGGCAAAAUAAACCCACUCAUCAAGGCCGCCGUGACCCCGGCCUUCGUGGGCCAGUUCCCGGGCGUCAACGGGCUUGGCAUCUCUGCGGCCAGGCUCGACAUCGAGGUGGGCGGCGUCGUGCCGCUGCACACCCACCCGGCGGGCUCAGAGCUCCUCUUCGUGACCCAGGGCACCGUCGCCGCCGGCUUCAUCAGCUCCGGCUCCAACACCGUCUACACCAAGACGCUGUACGCCGGCGACAUCAUGGUGUUCCCCCAGGGCCUGCUCCACUACCAGUACAACGCCGGCACCGGCGCUGCCGUGGGCCUCGUCGCCUUCAGCAGCCCCAACCCCGGCCUGCAGAUCACCGACUUUGCGCUCUUUGCCAACAACCUCCCGUCCGCCGUCGUGGAGAAGGUCACCUUCUUGGACGACGCGCAGGUGAAGAAGCUCAAGAGUGUGCUCGGCGGCAGCGGUUAACUUGUUUUUCGAGACAAUACAGUGCAGGCUGGGUAUGCAUCGUCGCCGUCGUCGUCUUGGUCCGUCGUCAUCGAAUGGAACGCGUGUGCUUGCUGCUGCAUGCGUGCGUGCACCUGUCGUCGCGUGUCAAAGUACUCGUGGUCUAUUUCAUCUUACCCUUAUUUAUUCAUCUACUUUUCAUUCAGGGAUGUAUUCAGUUUCCAUAUUGCAUUUUGUUGCAAUGAAAGAGUAACAUGUGCAUCUGAUUGGUUCAAAAUAGCUUUGUGGUCGAUGUCGUUUGUAAAGCUAUAUAUGAUCGCUUAAGGUUACGUUUCGCUGUUUUUUCAGUGUUUUAUAUAUACACCACUUUGUAGUGCCGCAUGCUGUUAAUCUGUUCAAUUACAUAUAGUCCUACUAUUGAAAU